GUGGGGAGGGAGGGUGAGCAGGUAGAGCCACAUCCCAAAACAGAGACGCUCGCCUCCAUUGCGCGUCUCCUAGGGGCGCAGCCCUGGUUUGCCUUGGUUCCCAAGCAGUCAGCUACAAAACGGGGACGCUGCACACGCCUCCCCUCCUGAGCAGGUCUCCGGGGAGUGGUGGUGGGUGGGGGAGAGCGAAGUGGCUGCAGGUGUGCGCUGUGGGGGCGGGUUUCUUCCUUUACACUGCAGGGGUGGUGUGUGUGUAGCAGGGUGUUCUCGGUAAACUCGGGGCAGGAAUCCGGUUUCUUGCCCUCCCCUGGCGAUCAUCAUGACUGCGUCUCUUGACUACCUGGUGAUCUUGUUCGGGACGACUGCUGGUGCUCAGGGGGCUAAGCUGGGAUCCGAGGAGAAAGAGCUGGUCCAGCUGCUGUGGAAAGUGGUGGAUCUGGCCCGCAAGAAGGCGGGGAGCCUGCACGAAGUGCUGGUCAGGCCGGAGCGCCUGGACCUGACGGAGGAAUGCAAAGAAACAACCAAGCUGGAGGUGGAGAGCCUGGCGCGAGCCCCGCAGCUGGAACAAGCCCUGCAACAGUUUAACCAGUCUGUGAGCAAUGAACUGAAUAUUGGUGUAGGUACUUCCUUCUGUCUCUGUACCGAUGGACAGCUUCACAUCAGACAGCUUCUGCAUCCUGAGGCUUCCAAAAAGAAUAUCUUAUUACCUGAAUGCUUCUACUCCUUUUUUGACUUGCGGAAAGAGUUCAAGAAAUGUUGCCCUGACUCAUCUGAUGUUAACAAACUGGAUGUUGCUGCCAUGACAGAAUAUUUAAAUCUUGAAAAGAGCAGUCCAGCAUGGCGUUUUGGAGCAUCUCAAGUGGAAGAUAUGGGGAAUAUUAUUUUAACACUAAUUUCUGAAGAAUACAAUCACAGAUUUGCAGAUCCUGAAAGAGUGAACUAUAAAUUUGAAAGUGGUACCUGCAGCAAGAUGGAACUCAUAGAUGAUAAUACCAUAAUCAGAGCAAGAGGCUUACCGUGGCAGUCAUCUGACCAGGACAUCGCAAGAUUCUUCAAAGGCCUGAAUAUUGCCAAGGGAGGUGCUGCACUUUGUCUCAAUGUACAAGGAAGAAGGAAUGGGGAAGCUCUCGUCAGGUUUGUAAGUGAAGAGCAUAGAGAGUUAGCACUACAAAGACACAAGCACCACAUGGGGAAUCGGUACAUUGAGGUGUACAAGGCAACAGGUGAAGAUUUCCUUAAAAUUGCAGGAGGUACUUCUAAUGAAGCAGCUCAGUUUUUAUCGAAAGAAAACCAGGUGAUUGUCCGGAUGCGAGGUCUUCCUUUCAAUGCAACGACAGAAGAAGUGCUGACGUUUUUUGGCCAGCACUGCCCAGUAACAGGAGGAAAGGAAGGAAUCCUGUUUGUCACAUACCCUGACAACAGGCCAACGGGAGAUGCCUUUGUGUUGUUUGCUUGUGAGGAAUAUGCACAAAAUGCACUAAAAAAACAUAAGGACUUGCUGGGUAAAAGGUACAUUGAACUCUUCAGGAGCACGGCAGCAGAGGUUCAGCAGGUGCUGAACAGGUACUCUUCUACACCUCUUGUUCCCCUUGCAGCGCCGCCUAUCCUUCCCGUGUUACCUCAGCAAUUCAUGUCUCCGACCAAUGUCAGAGACUGCAUACGUCUGCGUGGUCUUCCCUAUGCUGCCACUAUAGAGGACAUCUUGGAAUUCUUGGGGGAGUUUUCUGCAGAUAUUCGGACCCAUGGGGUUCACAUGGUAUUAAAUCACCAGGGCCGUCCAUCAGGAGAUGCCUUUAUCCAGAUGAAAUCUGCAGACCGAGCUUUCUUGGCUGCACAGAAGUGUCAUAAGAAGACCAUGAAGGACAGAUACAUUGAAGUCUUUCAGUGUUCUGCAGAGGAGAUGAACUUUGUAUUAAUGGGGGGCACUUUAAAUCGAAAUGGCUUGUCCCCACCACCAUGUAAGUUACCAUGUCUUUCUCCUCCGUCCUACUCACUUCCAGCUCCUGCAGCAGUUAUUCCAACAGAAGCUGCCCUUUAUCAGCCCUCCGUGCUUUUGAAUCCACGAACGCUUCAGCCCUCCACAGCAUACUAUCCAGCUGGCACCCAGCUCUUCAUGAAUUACACGUACUAUCCCAGCUUGCAGCAGAGGAUGGACUUGUACACACAAAUGGCACGGCAAGGACAAUGCCCAAAGAAUGGAUUUGCAUUUAAAGGUCCCAGCAGUUAGACUUUCUUAGAAGAGACGAUUCCUCCUAGCUUUCUGAUGUUUGUGAACAACUACAGCCAGACAAUUGGAGAUCGUUUGAUUACAUUCCUAGUUCUUCAUUUGGUCAAGCCAGCUGUUCAUAAGAAAAAUCACCAGAACCUUGGAAAUCAUAUUGACCAGUAUCUAAUUUUUAAAAUAUUAAAUACACAAUGUCCAUAGAGACUCUCAUACACAAAUUGUCACUGUAACCACUGAGCCCUUCACUGAGAGCACAAGUUGAGAGAUCACGAGUCCUGAUUUUUUUUGUCUAUACAGAAAGUAUUAAAAUGCUUUUCACAUGAAUAGAAUUAUAGUUUAGAUUAAACUUUCCAGAUUCAGGACUAUGUUAAUAUACAAAGUAUGUUUGAAACAUCCAAUAAGCCCAAAUUUUUUAAUCUAUUUUGCACACAGUUUAACAUUUUAAAAAAUUAUAUAUAUAUUAGGACCUUUAAUUAUGCAUUCAACAUUUUUAUAAAACAUUGUUUUCUUGCCUUGUACAUAUUUGAUUGUUCUGUGCAAAAAACCCUCUGUAUACUUUGACAGAUUCCAACCAGGAUUACUUUACACAGUGCAGAAAUGGUUAUGAAUGUAAAAUGAUUACCUGAAAAUUACUGUAACUUUGUAAAAUACAUGAAGUAUGAAACGUUAAAUGUUUUCUCUCCAACUCUUUUUUCAUCUUGUAUAUUGAUUAUAUGUAUAAUGUGUAUUUAAGUGAAUACUGACAGAAGCUAACUGCAUCAGUCCCAUUUCUGAUGUCCCCAUCCUACCACCUACCAGAUUCUUUGCAUGGCGAGUGUUAAAUGGCUUUCUGUCCAAGAGAAGUUCUCAUGAUCAUGAUCCAUUGCAAGACUCAACUUCAGAGGAGUACUAAAAUCAAUUUGAGAGGCCUGGUUGGCUUAAACUAACAAUGGAAGAUGGAAAUUCUCUCCAAGUUACCUGUUCUUAUCUAGAUCACACAGGUAGAAACUGAAAGGUGUUAUGAUCCGAUAACUGAGAGAUUAAUAUGUUCAUGCUCUCUGAACAGGUGUCCAUUGGCCAGAAAUCACCAACACAACUGGCAGUCCUUGCAAAGGUCAAGGUUUGAAUACAUAAACUGAUCUAUUGUUAAUCUCACUUAAAUGGUUGAUGUCCUUCUGGAACAGACUUGUGGUCUAUUAGCAAGACUGUAUAGCAAGCCUGCACUCUCCCUCUGUCUGUGCUGCUACUUCAGCUUCUAGUUCUGUCAGACUAACUUGUUCCACGAACUUUAAACUUUUUUUUAAAAAAGCAAGGAGGAAAAAAAAAUCCAAUUUUGAAUGUGACUAAAAGUGAAAAAUAUUUUGGAUAAUGAGGUUUUUGGUGCAAUAGAGAGAUCUGUUAGAAGGCAUAGAUGGGACAUCUCUCUUGCAGCCUGUUCAAAAUAUUAUCAAAGCCCUGGUUUUCAAAAUGACCUGCACAGCAGUAACCAUCUCAAAUCUUAUCUUGUGAAAAUUAACAACAUAGAAUUUUUUCUGGCUUACAAAAUCACUGCCAGACAAGAUAAAACAGAUAACAAAUUGUUCUGUCCCAUUGGAAAAAAUCUGUUUGGCUAUAAUUGUAGAGCUUGAUGUUGAUACACAUUUAUCCUCCUGGAAUCUUGUUUGCUCAAUUUGUUAGAAAAUAGAUAUGUACAAAAUGUAAAAGUUUCUGAGGGGAGGGGAGUGGGGGAAAUGGGAAGCUAAAAAUACUCUUAUCUGACUGAGACAACUUGUUUUGAGCAAAGGGAAUAUUUGGUAAGGAAGAGUCAAUUCAAGACAUAUAAGAAUCAAAAGCUACAGUGUAAUAUUCCCCCAGCAGUAUUUACACUAAUGGAGUCAGUGGUGGUGUUUUUAAAUGUUAAUUUGAUUUUAUUUUUAACUUCUUUUAAGACUUCAAAUAUAGUGUGAGUAA